AUGAACUCGCGGUCUGAAGUCGUUACAGAUCUAUGGUAUCUAAAGCGUCUCCCUUUGUACGACACUCAAAAACCUUACUUUAUCAACUUCCCCGUCCCCUCCGACGGAAAAGAUGUCCCUCCACAACACAAUGUUCUUCACGAACAAGUCCACGACAUCAGCAUUACUGAUAUACGGGGCCACGAGUCUGACUUUGUCCUUGAUACACACGGCUUUGAACUCGAUCACCACGAGACGAGUUUAACAAACGAAGAAUUUGAAAUCGAUCACAUUGUCCGCGAAAAGUACUAUCCUGAGAUAGUUGCUUUCAUUUCUACAAAGCUUGGCGCCUCGCGAGUAGUCCCCUUUGAGCAUACACACAGACUGUCACAGCCGUUGUCAAAGGGCUGCGGCUGCAGUCGUAAGAGAAAGCCUCUUGUCGCGGCACACAUCGACCAGACGCCAGCGUCCAGCGCCCAAAGGAUACGCUACCAUCUUGGAGACGAGGCUGAUCAUUUGCUUAAGAACAGAUUCCAGGUGAUCAAUGUCUGGAGGCCUCUUUUUGGCCCAUUGCGGGAUUUCCCUCUCACACUCGGAGACUUUUCAACGUUUGAUCUCGCGAGGGAUGGUGAACCAACAGACCUUGUGUUCCCCCACUACGUCGGCGAGUCGCUGAACCUGUAUCACCACCCAGCACAUCGCUGGUACUACUAUAGUGAUCAAAUGCGGGACCAAGUAUGGGUUUUCAAAUGCCACGAUAGUCGGACUGAUGUUGCUAGAGGUAUGUACUCCGGUGCACGAAACGGUGGUGAUAAUCCUGUGCCACCGUUGGCUUCCGCCUAG